CAUUUUUCCAUACACAAACCUAAUUUCAAAACCAUCAACUUUUGGUCCCAAUCUGCAUUUAACCAUACAGUCCUUUCUGUUUCAUUACUGGUAUAGACUGGUACUCAAUGCCAUCUCUUUUCUGUCUCCCCUUUAUGGCUCCAGUUUUCUGUCUGCUUUUAGCUUUUUUCAUGAUUGCCUCAGGCAAUGCUCAGGGUCCACCUUCCCCUGGAUACUCCCCCAGCUCCAGGAUUAGUUCUGUGACCUUUAACCAAGGGUUUAGAAAUCUAUGGGGUCCUCAGCAUCAGAGAGUAGACCAGGGAUCAUUAACAAUCUGGCUUGAUAAAACCUCAGGAAGUGGAUUCAAGUCACUUGAGCCGUAUCAAUCUGGUUACUUUGGCGCUGCCAUGAAGCUCCAACCCGGUUAUACAGCAGGAGUUAUUACAUCUCUCUAUCUUUCAAACAAUGAAGAUCAUCCUGGAAACCAUGAUGAAAUUGAUAUAGAGUUCCUUGGAACAACACCAGAUAAGCCCUAUACUCUGCAGACCAAUGUGUAUAUCAGAGGAACUGGGGAUGGAAAUUUAAUUGGGAGGGAAAUGAAGUUUCAUCUAUGGUUUGAUCCUACAAAAGACUACCAUAACUAUGCAAUUUUGUGGACACCAAGUGAGAUUAUAUUUUUGGUAGAUGAUGUGCCCAUUAGGAGGUACACAAGGAAGAGUGACGCCACGUUUCCGACGAGACCAAUGUGGGUGUACGGAUCAGUAUGGGAUGCUUCAUCAUGGGCCACCGAGAAUGGAAGAUACAAAGCGGAUUAUAGCUACCAACCUUUUGUUGGUAGGUAUACAAACUUCAAAAUAAGUGGUUGCACCGCCAAUAGCCCAGCCUCAUGCCGCCCGCCCUCUGCCUCUCCAUCUGGCUCCGGCAGCCUCAGUCGACAGCAAGUGUCGGCCAUGAAUUGGGUGCAAAGGAACUAUUUGGUGUAUGACUAUUGCCAUGACCCUAAGAGGGAUCAUACUCAGACGCCUGAGUGCUAGUUAAGAUUGCCAUAAACUAGUCCACGAAUUGGGGGAGGUUCUUCAGAUGGGCCCUGCUUAGCGGCUGAAGCCUCUAUGAUUUGCUUCUCUGGUUGUGUUGUUAAUUUCUAUUGUUUGCAUUGUUUGUUGGAUUAAAAUGAUAAAAAAAUGUGCUUUUUAAUUUUAUAUUAGGAAAGAAAAGUGCGUGGGAGAAAUUGAGAUUGAUAUUAAAAGAACAAAAAAAAGGCCAAAUGGGGCCUUCAAUGAAUGAAUGUUGUUUGUAUUAAGUUUGCUACUGAGUUUUUCACCUAUAAGUUUGCUACUCUUAAUGGCAA